GGUUUCUUCCAGUCUGUUGCCGAGGACUGCUCGCUGCAGAGUGCACUCAAUGACUUCGUUGUCACUGGAGUAGAACUCCUAUCGAUGCUCCUUCCUUGGAGUCCGUCCUUUGGCAUCCGCCAGUGCUCUCGGUGUCGUGGAGGCUUCUGCGUUGUCCUGACUCGAGUUUCUCGGGUUUAUCGUACGAGAGCUUCACUAGGAGCCCGUAUUCAGAACUUCUGUUCUGGUCUUCAGCAUCAUUUCUGCUGGACGACGACGUCUUGCGACUAGCUGUCUCGGUCCUCUUGGCCCAAGUUCUCCGCAUCUACUGGAUUUGGAGUUGUGCAGUCUUGGACACAUUUGCAUCGAUGACUUGGUGCCCGCUAUAACAGUCUUUCUCAUCUCGACUUUUUGAUCCUCGUCGCUUUCCAAGUGUUUCACCUAUGUGGAUCAAGAACAUGGGUUUGCCCGGCGUUAGGACUAAGUCCGGUGCAGAUCUGACGAUCUACUACAAGAGCAGGGUUUUGCUAGACGUGGAUAUUCCUUCGAACAUCAAAUGCGAGGGCGGGCAGUGUCCAGAGUAUCGCAAAUUUAGCGUGGAUCCUCAGAUAACUUCUUUCGAAGUGUUGCAGAAUCUACUCGCCAAGGCAUUCGACAUCAAAGGGGAAUUCACAGUGAGCUACCUCGCAAGGGAUGACGAGGGCGGCGACACGUAUUUGGGCCUCCUGUCCGACUGGGACCUGGACGCGGCCUUCCUCAGUUCGUCAGACCCAUGCCUCAAACUCAAAGUAGAGCUGAAGCCCUUCGAAGAAGUGAAACUACGUCAACUGGUUGUAGCGGCAGAACUGGCAAACAAUUCCUACCCUCCCAAUCCGUGUCUGGAAGAAUGGGACGUCGUUACACAAGCAGAUCUCAGUCGGACGGAGGCUCAGACCAAACAGUCCAUUACUGGAACAUUCCUCAUACAGAUGGAAAAGACGUUCAGCAGGUUCCAAAAGGUUCUGAACAUCGGUCCGGACUCGGCCCACGAAGCGGCGAAGCCUCCACGACCUCCGCUCGGAGACCGCGAGUUCCACAGCUUCCUGGACCCCGAAGGGCGUCUGGCGAGGCCGCGUGACCUGAGGACCUCUAUCUACCACGGAGGUGUGGAGCCUUCCCUGCGUAAGGUCGUGUGGAAGCACUUGUUGAACGUCUAUCCUGAGGGUCUGACGGGCAAGCAACGACUGGCCUAUAUGAAGAAGAAAAGUGCGGAAUAUUACAGGCUUCGGAGUGCGUGGAAAGACCUCACGGAUAGGAACCAGGUAAGUGACGAGAUGCGCUUCGUCACUAACAUGGUUCGCAAAGACGUCCUCCGAACGGACCGCACCCACAAGUUCUACGCCGGCGCCGACGACAACCAAAACGUGGUCUCACUCUUCAACGUGCUCACCACGUACGCCCUCAACCACCCAGCCGUAUCUUACUGCCAGGGCAUGAGCGACUUGGCCUCUCCGCUCCUGGUGACCAUGAAGGACGAAGCCCACGCCUACGUCGGCUUCUGCGCCCUCAUGCGUCGCCUGGGACCCAACUUCAGGCUAGACGGCGCAGCCAUGACCCUCAAAUUCCAACACCUCUCCGAACUCCUUCAGCAUUUCGAUCAGACCUUUUACUCCUACCUGCGUGCAAGAGGAGCCGAUGACUUGCUCUUUUGCUACCGGUGGUUGUUGUUGGAACUGAAGAGGGAGUUUGCGUUCGACGAUGCUCUGAGGAUGCUGGAAGUUCUGUGGAGUUCGCUUACCCCUGCGCCGCCUAAAGACGACCUGCCACUGUUCGAGAGGGAGUUCAACUCACAAAGUCCACAGUCACCCAGGCUGCUGGCGAAAGAGAAUCCGUACACGAAAGUUCGAGCAAUUCGGAAGCAGAACUCGGCGGGAUCGCUGCACGCGCAGUGUGCUAAUGGCAAUCGCAGCCGCAGAGGAAGCGGAGCUGAAGACUCGACAACCACAUCCGACGACUACUGCCCGAUCUCAACUCCCAUCACGCGGGAACUUCGGAUGGAGCUGGAAAACCUCAACCGCCGCCUUCCUGCACCACUGUUCGGGCAAGCGGAACACUUCACCUUUGACUCAAUGGACGAGGCAACGGGGGAGCCCAGGGCCAGUCGACGUGAGGAGGACGGCAAGCCACGUUUAUUGGUACAACAAGACGUCAUUGGGGAAGAAGCAGCGGACGAAGAGCGGAACAGCAGCUGGGCGAGCGAUGACCUCUCAGCCGGUGAACACAUCCAUCGAGCCGGACGAGAUCGCGAGACUGCGCGAACCCCCGAUGAACAGUGCGAUCUCGAGCCUGACCCUCCGGAACUUCCUCAAGGAGGAGAAAUCCUCGAGAACGACGACGAUGACGGGAUGCCGUGUCCUCACCUCAAAUCGGUCAUUCCCAUACACGUCGUGCACAGCCCGGUUAAAGAAGACCGCAAGCACAAGUCUUCUCGGAGACACCGAAGGUGUAGCUCGGACUCUGACGACUCUGAGACCCAACUUUUGCCCAGGCCUUCCAACAACACCAGCGAUGGCUAUGCCUCUGAAGAAGCAGUGUCUUCCAAAGAGACCUCUACAGAGACGUGCGUACUGGACUCUGGCGUCGUCAACCAUUACUCCUGCGAGGAAGCGGUGGAGUACGGUAACAAGCCGUCGGGUCCUCUACCACCCUUACCAGGACCGCAGGACCUGGGAGGCGGCAACCCGUUCAUGAUGUUCUUGUGCCUAACUUUGCUCUUGCAGCAUAGAGACGUGAUCAUGAGGAAUAACAUGGAUUACAAUGAACUUGCGAUGCACUUCGAUAAAAUGGUUCGGAAGCACAAUCUUCAGAGGGUUCUCCAUCAGACCCGGACCCUGUUUGAAGAAUACCGCCGUAUGGCGUGGCGCUCUGAGGGACGCCACGAACAGAGUGAUGCAACGGAUGACUUGCAUGUUUAACUGUGAUUAUCAAUGCGGUUUGCGACGAAUAACGUGAUAAUAUACCGAUUAGCCGCGAUGCGGAGCUUCCGGUGAAGCCCGCACUUUUAUCAUUCCUUUUACGCAGUUGUGCUGGUAGAAUUUGCGCAUCUCAUUCACUAGCAUUCAAAACUGUACCAACUUUUUAUUGCGGCAUUUCUGGCUGUAAAAACGACCCAACUUUACUCUAGUCUCAACGCCCAUUUUGUCUAGGGAGCGCCUCUCGGAAGAAAUGCCGUAUACAGCCAUACGACUGUCUUUCGAUCGCGAAUGAAACGCGACGUUGUAAAUAUAAUACUGUACAUACUAGUUUAGCAUAUUAAUUAAUACGAUAAUAUCUCGACGUACGUCGAUGGACUACAAAAAGAACACUCGGAUUUUACCCCCGGCAGGGACUUUCUUCAGGGUUGCCUUCUGAAUGUUGCCACCAGGGCAGGAAUCUCGAAGCACGAAGCGAUAAAGCACGAAGGAAGGCUCGUUUUACGGUUGGACGUGUCCCUUGUUGUAUGCUACAUCUUGCUUAUGACAUCGACCGCAAAGCCCUUCUUUGUACUUAGGAAUGAAAUAAACUAGGCAGUAUAUGCAAUCUCUCGACGAACAAUAGGUUGUGAUUGGUGCUCCAAGAACUCCUCUUGUCUGUAUGAACUGAUUAAAAAGAAAACAAAAAAACAUGGAUAUUUUAAGCCCCUUA